AUGACUUUCACUCCUGCUGCAGUGGCCCCUCCUGCUACUCCCAGACUCAGCGCGCUGAAGACUUACGUCUCCGAUAAGUCUCCAGGUGAGAAGAAGGUCCGCUUCGCCGCGGGCUCUUCCAUCAAGUCUGGCGAUAGCGACAAUGAGAGCGGAGUUUCGGACGAUUCGGACAAGACCAUCAAGCCCGGUAUUGGAGGCAUGAAAGCGGCCCCGAAUUCUAUCCUUUCGCCUACAGUCUGGGACAAGAGUGCUGAGCCUAAGAUCUGGGUCAAGAACGGCAAGCCCACCCUCUUCCAGCCUCAGAGAGAUCCCGGCUACUACACCAACCCGCUUUGGUCCCGCCAGUACCCCGAGAUUCUAUCAGAUAACCCCCGAGUUAAUCCCUAUGCUGCGAGCAUCGCUGUAAGCGCCACGUCCACGGAUGGAAGCCAGUAUUCCGACACUCCCGCAGCCCGCGCCGUCACCGACUUCGAAGUGGGUAACAAGCUUCACUCCAAUGGCGAAUCCAGCACCAACGUGAACUUCGGCGCGGGUGCUGCGCCUGCUCGCACUCCCUUCACUAGAACCACUCGAGGCACUAUGCCUUCGCCUCCGGGUGCCAACCAGAACUUCGUCGGCCGUGACUUCCCCGACAUGCCUUCUGUCCCCGCUGGAUUCGGCAUGCCGCCUCUUUAUAGAGGCCAGAUCAAGUUGGAGAUUGGUGGCCGCCGCUUCGUCAGCUCUAUGGAUGUCCUCGAGAAAAGCCCCUGGUUCAAGUAUAUCUUCUCCAUCAACUUCCGCGAUUGGUACCGCGAUGGCGUCUUCCACUUCGACAACGAUGGAGAUCUCUUUGCUCACAUUCUGCGCUUCCUUCGCACCGGUAUGUAUCCACUCUUCUGGGAUGCGCGCAACGGCUUCGACUAUGCCAUGUAUGCGAUGAUCCAGCAGCAGGCUCGCUACUACAUGCUCUACGACCUUGAGGCUUGGAUUGCGCAGCAGAAGUACCACGACGUGGUGGAGAUCCAGGUCGUUCACCAGAAGUUCAUCAUCCCGAACUCUCAGGGCUGGAUUCACGAGCAGAGUCUCACGGGUCUUGACACCUUUGAGAUCUCUGGCGCCGCUGAACACCCCAAUGUGGCCCUCGGUAGCCAGUCUGAGAGCCAGGCCCCUGUCCCGGACAUGUUCUUUUCCGAGAACGGAGUCAACUCGAAGGGAAAGGCCAAGGCUAUCGCGCCUCAGCAAGACGGCCCUGAAGGUGCCGUGGCGCUGUUCACCACCGAGAAGGUUGUCAAGGUUCACAUGGACCAGCUGCGCCCUUUCUAA